GGAUGGGAACUAGAACCGGAACCGAGCUCAACACGGCCGGAUUGGUACUGAACACCGACAGAGGAACCGACAGAGACCAGUUCGAAGACGUUACCGAGGUGUUGUACAGCGGCUCCGACCAGGACUCUGACUCUGGGGAUGACGAGGACACAUGCGUGGACAGGAGAGGCGUGAAGCGGGAGAGGAGCGAGCGGGAGGUCGGACAUCAGUCCACCUCCUCCGGUCACGCCGGGCUCCGCCCCGGGGCGCCGGGAGCCAAACCCGGCAAGAAAACCCGAGGACGAGUGAAGAUCAAGAUGGAGUUCAUAGACAACAAACUGAGGCGCUACACGACAUUCAGCAAGAGGAAGACAGGCAUCAUGAAGAAGGCGUACGAGUUGUCCACGCUCACCGGUACGCAGGUGUUGCUGCUGGUCGCCAGUGAGACGGGUCACGUGUACACCUUCGCGACCAGGAAGCUGCAGCCGAUGAUCACCUCAGAGACGGGUAAGGCUCUGAUCCAGACCUGCCUCAACUCGCCAGACUCUCCUCCGCGCUCCGACCCGACCUCCGACCAGAGGAUGAGCGCCACGGGCUUCGAGGAGACCGACCUCACAUACCAGGUGACCGAGGCCGAGGGGGGCCCCGAGGCUGUCAAGGUAAGGUUCCUUUAGACACGGUGGUGAUGUAAUGUCUCCGUUAGAAGGUUCCGUUAGAACGUACCGUGUUCCUUUAGAAAGUUAAUUUAGAACGUACCAGUGUUCCAUUAGAACGUACCGGUGUUCCGUUAGAAGGUUCCGUUAGAACGUACCGGUGUUCCUUUAGAAAGUUAAUUUAGAAUGUACCAGUGUUCCAUUAGAACAUACCGGUGUUCCAUUAGAAGGUUCUUUUAGAACGUACCAGUGUUUCUCUCUGGGCUCCGUUCCUUUAGAAGGUUCAGGUAGAACGUACCAGUGUUCCGUUAGAACGUACCGGUGUUCCUUUAGAACGUACCAGUGUUCCUUUAGAACGUACCAGUAUUCCGUUAGAACGUACCGGUGUUCCUUUAGAACGUACCAGUGUUCCGUUAGAGCAGGGGUCUCAAACUCAUUUUCACUGGGCCACAUCAGCAUCACAGUCGCCCUCAAAGGG